ACACACUUGAGCUGCACGAACGGGUCUAUUUUCUUUCCCCGUUGCAAUUGCUCUUAGCAGCAGCAGCAGCCACUCCAUAAUUAUUUUUCUUGAUUUCAUUCAUUCGUACACACAUAUUUCGCUGUGGAAAGCAAGCAAGCAAGCUAAUUUAGCUUGAUCGCGGCAGUUAUCGGGUGGAACUGAUCCCACAAGCCUCGUCAUGAGAACCCUCAGAAAGACGCCCCCGUCCUUGAGGAGACCCGCCCUCCUCCACCUCCUCUGCGCCGCCGCCAUUUUAUCCCUCUUCUUUUUCGCCUUCCAGUCGUCUUUCCCCGCCGGCACCGGCUACCAGCGCACAGGAAAAUUUAACCGGCUGGAUCUUCGAACUCUUUAUGAUUUCCAGUCAACUCUUCAAAAAUGCGUGGCAAGCAGGGGCCUUGGGCUCUCUGCUGACAUUAUAGAUCACUGUAACUUGGUCCUCAAGUUUCCAGAAGGGACUAACAGCACCUGGUACAAUGAACAAUUUAAAAUCUUCGAGCCUCUGGAAUACAAGUAUGAUGUCUGUGAAGCAAUAUUAUUAUGGGAACAGUACCGCAAUAUGACUACAGUCUUGACUAGAGAGUAUUUAGAUGCACGGCCAGAUGGGUGGCUGGAUUAUGCAGCAAAGAGGAUAGCACAGUUAGGAGCAGAUAAAUGCUACAACAGGACUCUUUGUGAGGAACAUCUUAAUGUGCUCCUACCUGCAAAGCCACCCUUUCAUCCUCGCAUGUUUCAAACUUGUGCUGUUGUUGGAAAUUCGGGGGAUCUUCUGAAGACAGAAUUUGGAAAGGAAAUCGACGGGCAUGAUGCAGUUAUAAGAGACAAUGAGGCUCCUGUUAAUGAGAAAUAUGCCAAGUAUGUUGGUUUGAAGAGAGACUUUCGCCUUGUGGUUAGGGGUGCUGCUCGUAACAUGAUCAAGAUUCUCAAUGGAUCAGAUGAUGAAGUGCUUAUUAUCAAAAGUCUCACCCACAGGGAUUUCAAUGCAAUGAUAGAGAGGAUUCCAAAUCCAGUUUAUCUCUUUCAAGGUAUCGUACUUCGUAGGGGGGCCAAAGGCACUGGAAUGAAAUCAAUAGAGCUGGCACUUUCCAUGUGUGAGAAUAUUGACAUCUAUGGUUUCACUGUUGAUCCUGGAUAUACUGAGUGGACCCGUUACUUCUCAACACCUAGGAAAGGACACAAUCCACUUCAAGGAAGGGCAUACUACCAGCUUUUAGAAUGCCUUGGUGUUAUUAGGAUACAUUCUCCAAUGAGAGCUGAAAGAAAGCAAGAUUGGUCAGAUAUUCCAAGUCGAGAAACAAUAAGCAGAGCUCACUCUGCUGCUGUACGCUUGAAAAACAAUGCUUCUGGGGAAGAGGGUGAUUUGGGACAAUUCCGUAACUGCAAGGUAUGGGGACAAUCAGGACCAUAUGGAAGUGGGCCAAUAUCAGGUUCACCCCGAAUGAGCAAUGUUAGGAAGCAUUCAAACUACAGCAAAUGGGAAGUUGUGCCUUUUGAGAAAUUAAGAAAAGAAGCACAGGAUCAUUAUGUUCAGAUGGAGGGUGUGGCAUUAUACAAAAUGGACGGCAAUAGAUUGGAUGAUCUGGUCUGUGUGAGGCAUUCAGAAAAAUCUCAAAUGUGAUGAUAUGAAACCUGAAUUGUGAUGGUGUGAAGAAGAGAAGAGGUCGAGGUAGAUGGCAUUGGCAGCAGAAGACACAUCACACAUUAUGAAUGUUGAGGGGAAACUUGUUUACUGUACAGACUGGACUCGAUUGUGCGGCCCUGGUCCUGAUCAUAAAUACAAUGAAUGAACGAUGCAGGGGAGGCGAGCUUGAUUGUGAUUUGGUAUGAUCCUUGUUGGAGUUUUAAAACAUGUGGAUGCAUUGAAGAAUUUCCUCUGGUGGUGGUGGUGGUGGUGAAUUAUUAUCUAUUAUGAGCAGUAGUAUGUUACUAUAUAUUAUGAUAUUGUUAAUGCAGUGGCCUUUCUUUUCUCUGCCUGCCUGCUGGCAUGGCAUAAUCAUUCCAAGA